AUGUGUUGCAAACGCCGCGCCAACAGACAAGUCUCGACCAUGGCCAAGCUAGUCCAGGAUCAGCCCAUGACAGCUUCCCGUACUGCUCGCAACGAACCCAUGGGACCUCCUCCAGCCUACGAGCAAAUCGAGAAAGAAUCCAAAGACAUCAGCCCAAGCAAAAAUAUCCAUGCGACAGAGUAUCGCAACAAUGAGUACACAGCCAUCAAUACCGACCUCGACUCCCCAUCGCACAACACCACUAUCCACACCGUCAUCCCGCAAUAUCAAUCCAGAUGUGCAGCCAAGCAUGCAGCAAAGCGCGAACGAAAGCAACUAAAGCGCGAACAUCGUCAAGAGAACCGCAUGGAGAAGCGCGAGUACCGCAAUAAUAAGCGCGAGUUCCGCCAGGAGAAGCGUGAACUACGCGCCGAACACCGCUUUGAGGAAAAGCAGAUGCGAAGAGCUCAUGGUGGACCCAUCAGCUUGCUCAUCCAGGGCGUUUCGAACUUGAUGAAGAAGUAG